UAUAAAUACAAUACAACAGUCGAUCGAAAUUUAGUUAAGAUUGAUAAAGGUGAUAACGAAGCUGCAACAAAACAUUAAAAAUGAAAUUAUAUUGUUCGAUUGUUGUAACACUUCUCGCUGCAUUAUCAGUAUCAGCGGACAGCGCUGAAUCUAACGAGAUAGAGGCGCUUAUCGUUGAGAAAGCUAAAAUUUGCCAAAAGGAAACUAAUGCCUCGGAGAAGGAUGUUGAUGAAAUGUUGGACGGAGCCAAGGCCACUACACCCACCACCAAAUGUUUGCAUUCUUGUCUACUAAAAAAACUGGAAGUGGUGAAUGCGGCCAACAAAUUGGAACCGGAAAACUUGAUCAAGAUGAUGAUUGAUGAUACAAUCAAAUCAAAGGAUGGCAAAACCAUAAAAUCUGUUAUUAAUUCUAUAAGCGACGCCUGUAAAUCGGUAACAGAUCCUGAUGAAUGUGAGGCUGGUGUCAAGAUUAUAGAUUGUUUGAAUGCUGAAGCUGUGAAAUUGGGCUUUGAAAAAGGUCCGUUCUAAGGGAGAUUACAGAAAAUCAAAGAAAUAUUUGUGAUUUUCAUCAAUUUAUUUUGUUUUUGUUUGUUAUUCUCGGCAAUAUUACUUGAAUAAAAUAGCGACCUAUUGUGGCCCGUAUGUGUACAAUGUUUUUAAAAAAAUGUUAAUUUAAUCGUCAUUGUCCACUGCUUUUCAAUAGUGUUUUAAAUUUGUUUACUGUACUUUUUUCGUAGCUCAACUUCCUUUGUGUGAGCAAUUUACAUGACUAAAAAUUAUUUUAGUGUUGUUUGUAAA